GCGGCCGAGGAAAAAAGAUGGCGGCGGGCUCGGAUCUGCUGGACGAGGUCUUCUUCAACAGCGAGGUGGACGAGAAAGUGGUGAGCGACCUGGUGGGCUCGCUCGAGUCGCAGCUGGCGGCCAGCGCGGCCCACCACCACCACCUGGCGCCGCGCACGCCCGAGGUGCGGGCCGCGGCCGCCGGCGCGCUCGGGAACCAUGUUGUGAGCGGCAGCCCGGCCGGAGCCGCGGGCGCCGGGGCGGCCGCCCCCGCCGAGGGCGCGCCCGGAGCGGCGCCGGAGCCGCCCCCCGCAGGUAGAGCGCGGCCGGGGGGCGGGGGGCCGCGGCGCCCGCGCCCCCGCUCACCACGCCGCCCCCUUGUCCCCGCAGGGCCCGCGCCGCCCGCCGCGAAGCUGAGGCCGCCGCCCGAGGGCAGCGCGGGGGCCUGCGCCCCGGGGCCCGUCGCCGCCGCCGCGGGGCCCGAGCCCGCCGCCGGUCCCGCCAAGCCCGCCGGCCCCGCCGCGCUGGCCGCCCGCGCCGGCCCGGGCCCCGGUCCCGGCCCCGGUCCCGGCCCCGGCCCCGGCCCCGGCCCCGGCAAACCCGCCGGCCUCGGCGCCGCGCAAACUUUGAAUGGGAGCGCCGCGCUGCUGAACUCGCACCACGCCGCCGCACCUGCUGUCAGCCUGGUCAACAACGGGCCCGCGCUGCUGCCGCUGCCCAAGCCCGCCGCCCCCGGCACUGUCAUCCAGACGCCCCCCUUCUUGGGUGCUGCUGCCGCGCCCCCUGCGCCCGCGCCCGCCGCGCCCUCGCCCCCCGCCACCCCCGCGCCCGCGCCCUCCGCACCGCCCCCGGCGCCCGCGACCGCGACCCUGGCCCGGCCGCCCGGCCACCCGCCUGGACCCUCAGCCGCCGCCCCCGCCGCGCCGCCCGCUGCCGCCCAGAACGGGGGCAGCGCCGCGGCCGCCCCGGCCCCUGCCGCGGCUGCCGGGGGCCCCGCGGGGGUCAGCAGUCAGCCGGGGCCCGGUGCGCCUUCUGCGGCGCCCGCGCCGGGGGUCAAGGCCGAGUCUCCUAAGACGGUGGUGCAGGCGGCGCCCCCGCCGACUCAGACCCUGGCGGCCAGCGGCCCGGCCAGCACAGCAGCCAGCAUGAUCAUCGGGCCAACUAUGCAAGGGACGCUGCCCAGCCCGGCCGGCGUCCCACCGCCCGCCCCCGGGACCCCCACGGGGCUGCCCAAAGGCACCGCCGGCGCCCCGACUCAGAGCCUGCCCCGCACGCCCGCGGCCACUACCGGCGGGAUCCGUGCCACCCUGACGCCCACCGUGCUGGCUCCGCGCCUGCCGCAGCCGCCACAGAAUCCCACUAACAUCCAGAACUUCCAGCUGCCCCCAGGAAUGGUCCUCGUGCGGAGUGAGAACGGGCAGCUGCUGAUGAUCCCUCAGCAGGCUUUGGCCCAGAUGCAGGCCCAGGCCCAUGCCCAGGCCCAGCCUCAGACCACCAUGACUCCCCGCCCUGCCACCCCCACCAGCGCCCCUCCUGUCCAGAUCUCCACCGUACAGGCACCUGGGACGCCAAUCAUUGCCCGGCAGGUGACCCCGACUGCCAUAAUUAAGCAAGUGUCUCAGGCACAGACAACGGUGCAGCCCACCAGCACGCUGCAGCGCUCACCUGGGGUCCAGCCUCAGCUUGUUCUGGGUGGUGCUGCCCAGACAGCUUCACUUGGGACGGCGACAGCUGUUCAGACGGGGACACCUCAGCGAACGGUCCCAGGGGCGACCACCACCUCCACAGCUGCCACGGAAACUAUGGAAAAUGUGAAGAAAUGUAAAAAUUUUCUAUCUACAUUAAUAAAACUGGCUUCAUCUGGUAAACAGUCUACGGAGACGGCAGCCAACGUGAAAGAGCUAGUACAGAAUUUACUGGAUGGGAAGAUGGAAGCGGAGGACUUCACCAGCAGGUUAUACCGAGAACUUAAUUCCUCGCCUCAGCCUUACCUCGUGCCUUUCCUGAAGAGGAGCUUACCCGCCUUGAGACAGCUGACCCCCGACUCCGCGGCCUUCAUCCAGCAGAGCCAGCAGCAGCCUCCCCCCGCCUCGCAGGCCACCACCGCACUCACAGCCGUGGUGCUGAGCGGCUCAGUCCAGCGCACCGCCGGGAAGACGGCAGCCACUGUGACCAGUGCCCUCCAGCCCCCUGUGCUCAGCCUCACGCAGCCCACGCAGGUGGGCGUCGGCAAACAGGGGCAGCCCACACCGCUGGUGAUCCAGCAGCCUCCGAAGCCAGGAGCCCUGAUCCGGCCCCCGCAGGUGGCAUUGACGCAGACGCCCAUGGUGGCCCUGCGGCAGCCGCACAGCCGCAUCAUGCUGACCGCGCCCCAGCAGAUCCAGCUGAACCAGCUGCAGCCAGUCCCCAUGGUGAAGCCUACCGUGUUACCUGGAGCCAAAGCCCUGUCCACCGUUUCGGCACAGGCGGCUGCUGCACAGAAAAACAAGCUCAAGGAGCCUGGGGGAGGUUCGUUUCGGGACGAUGAUGACAUUAAUGAUGUUGCAUCAAUGGCUGGAGUAAACCUGUCAGAAGAAAGUGCAAGGAUAUUAGCCACAAACUCUGAAUUAGUGGGCACAUUAACGCGGUCCUGUAAAGACGAAACCUUCCUCCUCCCUGCGCCUUUACAGAGAAGGAUAUUAGAGAUAGGUAAAAAACACGGCAUAACAGAAUUGCAUCCCGAUGUAGUAAGUUAUGUAUCACAUGCCACACAACAAAGGCUACAAAAUCUUGUAGAAAAAAUAUCGGAAACAGCUCAGCAGAAGAACUUCUCAUACAAGGAUGAUGACAGAUACGAGCAGUCGAGUGACGUCCGGGCUCAGCUCAAGUUCUUUGAACAGCUUGAUCAGAUCGAGAAACAGAGGAAGGACGAGCAGGAGCGGGAGAUCCUGAUGCGGGCUGCGAAGUCUCGAUCCAGACAAGAAGAUCCUGAACAGUUAAGGUUGAAACAGAAGGCGAAAGAGAUGCAGCAGCAAGAGCUAGCGCAGAUGCGACAGCGAGACGCCAACCUCACGGCACUUGCGGCCAUUGGGCCCAGGAAGAAGAGGAAAGUGGACGGUCCCGGGCCGGGCGCAGGCACAGAGGGGUCGGGCCCAGGCUCGGUUGUCCCAGGCAGCUCCGGUGUUGGAACCCCCAGACAGUUCACGCGACAAAGAAUCACGCGGGUCAACCUCAGGGACCUCAUAUUUUGUUUAGAAAAUGAGCGUGAGACAAGCCAUUCACUGUUGCUCUACAAAGCAUUCCUUAAGUGACACAGGACUGGCAUGGUGUUUUUGACAGAGACGCCUGGGGACGUUUUUAUAUAUUUGCAGAUUACGCCUUUUUGUAACAAGCGAAUGGGAUAUUGUUUAAAAAACAGCCACCUCUUUACAAUGGAACAGUUUUAUAUUCCUGUUUCUAAAUCAGCUCUUCAGUAUGGAAGAAAAUACGUUUCUGUAACAGAGAGAACACAAAGGCCUGUGGAUACUCUGAAAGGACAAUUAAAUCUUAACUCAUCUUUGAUUGAGUGGCCUUCUUGCCAAACAAGCCAUAUAUAAAGACUGAUGGAAUCGUUUAGCAAAUAACUAGCUGCCCUCUGUCACCUCGUAGCGACCCCUGUAGUAUUUGUGCGUCUUGCUUCAGUUCACCUGGCUCACUGCGCAGGUGUGUGUCUGCAGUCCGUGACCUCAUUUCAUUUAUUUUAUUUUUGUAAUAGUCAGUUGGCAAAGCAAACUGAUUUUUUUAGACUAUUUAUCUCCUCCUCCCCGUCCCCCAUACAGAAUUCUUGAGGACACACGAUUUGCUGUCACUUGUCCCCUCGGAGUGUAAUCACAUUUCUGCCCAGGAGAGGCCGAGCCCGGCACAGGUGGGCUCCCUCUGAGUGUGUGGUCAGCAUCUGUACAAAUGCAUUUUAUUUGCUAUAGUUUGUAAAGCUGUAAAGUUAAAAGAAAUGGAAACAUUUUCAGCAUAAAUAUAUUUUACUUGCACUGUGUUUUUUAGCUAAAAGUGAAAACUUAGAUUAAAUAAAAUCAAAGUUGAGAAGAAUCAUCAAAGACUGUUUCUCAGUGUGAAUCAAGUUGAAAAAUGGUUGGUGUAUUUUGUCAGUGAUUGUACAUAAUCUUUGGCACACGACAUAGAUGGCUGUGUAAACUAUAAUUAUUUUGCUAAGAGACUGUAUGCAAGCCUUGGGCCCACUUUACAGGUGCCCAGAGCAAAGCCCCUUCUUUGUACCUAUUUUUUUAUUACAAAUAUACUAAUUGGUUCUUUAUAUUUUCAGAGGUUAUUGUAUGAAAUUGUCUAUUGAUAGUACUUUUAUGACUGUAAAUACUCUGGCUUUCUCGUGUGAAUUCUCACAUUAGACUUUAAUUCGAGCGCGUGUGAACUGAACGCUGAUCAGUAUUUUUUAUCAACCUUGAGAACUGUUACACCUUUUAUUUUGUCUUUUAGGAAAUCCCUGUCUUUCCAUUUUUCAUGUAAAUUUUGCACAGUUACUUGUUCAUAUGUAAAUAUUUUACUUUCAAAAAUGAAGUUUUUAAUUGCUAUUGUUUUAUAUAGGAUUGAAAGAAAAUUAACUCCUUUAUUAAAAACAAAUUUAUCUGUA